CGUUUUUAUUAUUAUUUUUUAAACAUUUCUCGAUAUUUUAAGUUUUUUAGUUGAGUUAAAAAGGUGACAAGGGUUUUAAAACGUAAGAUUUCAACGAAAUCGUUCUCACAGGAAGGAUGGUUUACGGCCCCAGAAUUGGUGGGCAGCCUGACCCUGCAAAUGGGGGAAGUGGCGAUGCUCGAAUUUUUGUCCCACCCACCCCGACCAUGCCACCACCAGGAUUAAAUUAUCAACCCUCUCCGCGACCUCAACAACCGGUGCAACAACAAAAUGCAGUUUCAAAUCCUGCCAUUGUCCAGCAGCAGCAACAACAAAAUUCCGUCGUCGCUUCGACUUUUGGUCCGGCAUUUUCUCAACCAGCGAGAAAUGUUGCUGCAAACCCGAAUUUGGCACUGGGCAAAGUGAAGCCUUUCGGGGAUCCAAGAUUCCGAGACGUUUGGAGUAGCAAUUUAAGGGAAGAAUUUCGUAAAAUUCGUCAAUACGUGAGGAGCGGGUUCAACUAUGUGUCCUUGGAUACCGAAUUUCCUGGAGCCCCUCUCAAGCCCGUGGGAGAAUUCGUGUCGUAUGAAGCUCAUACAUUUUCGGCCCUUUGGGCCAAUUGCAACGCCUUGAAAGUCAUACAGAUUGGAAUUACUCUCUUCGACGAGAAGGGGAACGUGCCAAUGGGGGUGUCAACUUGGCAGUUCAAUUUUAAGUUUAGUCUGGCUGACGAUAUGUGGGCAGAGGACAGCAUCGAUCUUCUGAGGAAGUGUGGAAUUCCAUUUAACCGGAUGGAAGUCGAAGGAAUUGAUCAUUUUGAAUUUUCAGAAUACUUGAACUCAUCCAACCUCGUCUUGAAUGAGGAUGUAACAUGGAUCUCGUUUCAUAGUGGGUACGACUUGGGAUAUUUAUAUCGCAUCUUGCGAAACGACUCGGUUCCCUCCACUGUUGAAAGUUUCUUUGAAAUCUUGCAACUUUAUUUUCCAGUAUUGUACGACAUUAAGUAUCUCGUGAAGGACUGUAACUUUGUGCCAAGUGGACUUGCGGAUUUGGCUAGUUCGCUUGGGGUGGCGCGAAUUGGUCAGUCCCACCAAUCUGGAAGUGACUCGCUCUUAACGGGUCAGGUGUUUUUCAAAAUUCGUGAGAUGUUCUUUAAGAACUCGAUUGACGAGGUGCUGUACAACGGUCGCGUGUACGGAUUGAGCGGUCACUACUACUCGGAGGAUACAGUGGACGCUGUCUUGCCCGACCGUAUUGUUGAAGCCACUGGAGGGAAGAAAAAAGAUGGAGAUCAAGAAGCUACUCUUGACAAAGUAAAAUCUCUUCCUGUCCUAGAAGGACAAGAAGAACCGGAAGAAUCAGAAGAAUCCGAAGAAUUGGAAGAAUUGGAAGAAUCUUCUGAUUCUUCUGAUUCUUGGUGAAUAAAAUCCGAAGAAUCUGAGCCGAACGAAUGAAGCUACAACUUCUUUACCCCUUUAAUCACUCAUUAAUGUUACAUUUAGAGAAGACAAAAAUCCAUAAAUAUAUACGAUUAGAUCCUUAGGGUUCAUAGUUUAAAAAAUAUUGAAAUAACACGUACAUAUGUAUGUAGGUAUGUACUACAUCAUUGAAUUUUUAAGGUAAAAUUAAAUGUUAAUGCAUUGCAUUGUUAAUUGUUAAUGUCUUGUCUUCGUUUUUUUCUUAAGCUGGUGGUCGCAUGCAUCGACUAAAAGAUAGUAUAAAACAACAUUGAUUUAAAUUCAGAUUGCUAGUGGUGCAUAAAUUGGUUGACAAUAAAUGCAAUUUUUACAGAAAUUUGUUAUUUAGCUUGUAAAUUUUUUAAUUUGAAAUUAAU